GUCACAGGGACGGUGCAAUGCCAGGGCGAGCAGAUCAAAGUCUACCAGAAGUCCCAGAAAGACCUGGAGGAUUCCCUCCUUCAGAAGGACCACAACGUUCUAUCUGACCUGCUAGGAGACCUGGAGGCCUGCGAUGACCUGAAAGGUGGAGUUGUUGCUAACGGGGUAGCCUCUAACGACAAGCAGACCAUCAUCCAAAACCGCCACAGAACCAAGAAGUGUGUCAACUCUUCCACUAACUGUUGGAAGAACUUUCCACAGGUCCAGACCACUCUGUCUGAUGUGGAGGAAGAGCGCGAUCGCUUCAUGACCAAGCUGCUGAACGAAGAGAAGUCCAGGAAAGAGCUGGAAGAGCAAUUUCAGAAGCUGGAGCAUGACAUCUUGUUGGUGAAAAGUGACAAGAACCACCUGGAGAACCAGUACAAGACCCUGCAGCAGAAGAAUGACAUCAUGACAGAGAUGUACCAGCAGAAGGAGAACACUUUGCAGCAUUUGAUUUCAUUUGUGUGUCGGAAGCUGACCAAGGAGGAGUUUGAGCGCCCCAACAAGGAAGACCGGCUGACGGAGAUGGACGGCAAGGCCCUAGAGGAGGAGGUCAAGGUGUGUAGGCAGCGCGUUAUGGAGAUCCAGGACGAGCUGAAAUGGACCGAGAAGUUCUACAAAGCUCAGAUCAUUGAGCAGGAGCAGAAAUCUCACGAGAACUGGGUGAUUGCACGCGCGCCAGAGCGAGCUCUGUUCGACGAGAAGAAGGAAACAACUAACAUUCGUAACUUACUGACUGACAUGUCCAGCAAGCUGAAUGAGCUCCGUAGGCCUCUGUUCAAGCCCACCCCUGGGAUGKCUCCCAUGCCUCUCCGACGAAGUAAGAACCAAUCCUCAGUUCACGUUAUUUAGUACUGGCACGUCUGGGGUGCAUUCAGUAAGGCAAAAUCGUCAGAACAUAACUUGCAGAUAGAAAUGAAAUGAGGACAGAGAAUCAUAUUUAUAUCUGAACGUUCUGUAACGUUCCUGACCAUUUCUAUUGUCUUGUCGGUUGGAUAUCAUCUGUGACUGCGUUUCAAAUUAGAUCUUGGACUUUUUGACUGCCUGAUACCUCAUCUGCUGUUUGACGUCCACCCUCUGAAAUGCAUGUUUUCCUGGGGUUUUGAUUUGAAUUCCUUGUAGCUGGUCCAAUGUGGAGAGACUGAGAGUGGUAUUCGCCUGAGUGUUUUGUUGUUAAAUGGUUUUGCUAAACAGGUGAUUCGUACGGGCCCUCACCUGUGA